AUAGCACUUGUUCUGCAGCAACAAAGCUCGGACCAGCGAACAUAGCGCAUUCGGCACAUCUCAUUUGUAUUUCCUGACAAGUGUCCCACCAGGUCUCAGCUCAUUCCCACCCACCCACUGCGUCAACGACAUGGCUAGCCCGUUGACUGAAGCAAAGCGCAAAGAGUUCCUCAAUGCACUGGUCGCUGUCCGACCGCCUAACCGCUUCAAGAUUGUGGUUGUGGACAAGCGCAGUCUGCGCGUUCUGAACGACGUCCUGAAGCUGUCGGAGGUGCUUGAGCACGACGUACUGCGAAUCGAGAGCAUUGAGAACGGACGCAAGGAAGAUGCGUCCACUGAGGCACUGUACUUUCUGACACCGUCGAAGCAGAGCGUCGAGCGGCUCAAGGCCGAUUUCGCCACAUCGCCCACGUCCUCCAUGUCGACCAGCCGCGGGUUUUCAUCCUCGGUGGUCACGAAGCGGGCGCCGACUUAUCGUGCUGGCCACGUAUACUUCACCUCCGAGCUACCCGACUCGCUGUUCGCACUGCUGCGUAGCCCCGAGGUGGCACAGCACCUGCGUGCCUUGAAGGAGAUGUGUGUCGAAUACGAUGUCUAUGAUAUGCGUGUGUUUUUGACCAAGCUCGCCGACCGCCCGCUGUACCGGCUCUAUUCGCCCAUUGUGAACAACAACUGCAACGAGGAGCUGGAUCUGAUCUCGAAGAAGCUGGUGAACGUGUGCGGUGCGCUGAAGGAAGACCCCGUGGUGCGGUUCUUUUCGCCGGAUCACGAAAUCUACGGCAACACCAUGUCGCGGAAGCUGGCGUUUCUGUUCCACACCGAGAUGGAGCGAGUGCGGCAGUCGCUGAAUUCAGGCGACAGCGCCGACAAGAGCGCCAGAGGACAAACAGAGCUCAUCAUCGUCGAUCGCAGCGCCGAUCCGUUUACGCCGGUGCUGCACGAGUUUACCUAUGAGGCCAUGGUUUACGACCUGCUCGAUAUCGAGGACGGCAACAGGUUCAAGUACACGGUCCAGCUCGCCAAUGGCGCCGAAGAAGAGAAGUCGGUUACACUCGACGACAAUGAUCAGAUCUGGCAAGAGUACCGGUUCCAGCACAUCUCCGAGGCACAGGAGCACAUUAUGAAGAAGUUCCAGGAGCUCCUGGGCUCCAACAGGGCGAUCCUGGACAUGCAGGCGGGCGAGAAGCUGAACCUGUCCAAGAUGCGUGAUGUUGUCAGCAACAUGCCUAACUUCAAGGACCAGCUGUCGCUGAUGUCAGCGCACAUCACGAUGAUGCAGCAGUGCAUGGAGCGGUUCAACGAGCGCUGCCUCAACGACCUGGGGAUGCUCGAGCAGAACCUGGCCAUGGGCAUGGAUCCUGAGGGCGAAAAGUACCGUACGGGUGAUAUCGAUGUGGCCCAGGUCCUGAACAACCCAGCAAUCAGUGCCGAGGACAAGCUGCGGCUGUUGAUUGUAUUCUAUAUCGCCAACCCAAGCCUAACCGAAACCGAGCGAAUGAAGCUGGCUCGGCUGGCAAACCUGGACCGCAAUGCGCGUGCGACAGUGCAAAACAUGGGCUUCAUUGUGCGCUGGGCACACGCCCUGGACUUGGUACGCCAGCUGAGCAAGAAGAAGCCGCAGCAGCCAAAGUCGGCUGGCGGCGCUGGUGGCAGCAAGUGGAGUCUGGUGUCGAUGCGCACAGCCAAUUCCAGCGGAUCCUUGCUGGGUGACAAAAAUGACGAGCCUAAGCCAUUCGAUCUGAGCCGAUACGUGCCUGUGGCCAAGCAUGUCCUUGAGCAAUGUAUCGAGGGCUGGCUCAGCGAGGACGUGUUUCCCUACGUGGUUCCGCCAGAGCGACCCCACCCACAGGCGGCGAUGGGCAGCCCGCGGUCCGGAUCGCUGCGCGGAUCGGGCGGAUUAGGAGCAUCCCGCUCAGCAGCCGGGCAGGCAGACCGCUCCGGAUCGCCAGCCGGAGGCAUGUGGUCCAGCCUUGUGAGCAGCGUUGUUUCAAAUAACUCGGCCGAGCCCCCUCUACCCAGCGGGCCGCCGCGGCAGGUGCGCUCGCUGCGUAGCACGAAGCCGACAUGGCAGAAGCGGGACAGCACGCCAGGGUCCUCGGCCAACGUGUCGUCGAUGACCAGCCCAUCACCGCGGACAUCCCAGCCCGACGUGCCCUCGCCUGGUACGGGGUACGGAAACCAGAGCCAGCGCACGUCGCAGCAUGCCAAGCCGCGUGUGAUUCUAUUUGUGAUAGGCGGAGUCACCUAUUCUGAGGUGCGUGCGGCAGAUGAGAUUGCGCGCAAGUAUGGACGCGAGGUCAUUAUUGGGUCCACGCACAUGCUGACUCCGCAGGAGUACCUGCAGGAUGCAAGCACGCUGAACUUUGAGCUUGUCGACGAGCGGGGUAGAGUGCUUGACUUCAAGCCCAGCUUCUACACUCUUGGGUACGGCGGACCGGCGGAGAUUGACCCGCUCAACAGCUAUGUUCCGCCGGCUAAGGGCGGUGGCGAAACUAAGAAGCAGCCCCCCAAAACUACGCGGUCAACUAGCGCUGGGCCGGCUGAAUCUUACCCUCGCCAGCAGCAGCCGCAGUCACGCCAGCAGCAGCCGCCAGAAAUGACCCAGCACCGCAGUGCUGGCCGGGUGUCGUCGCACCAGAGUAGCUCAAGCGGCGGUGGUGGUGGUGGCGGCGGUGGCGGCGGUGGCGGCGGCGGCGGCGGCGGCGGCUAUGAUCGGGCUGCGUCGGAACCCCGCGCCAGUCUGCGCAGCACCAGCACCAGCCGGGUUGCGACAAUUUCUAGCGAGUAUCCUUCGCAAGAGUACAGUCCACGGACUGGCGGCAGUGAGAGCUUCAGUGCUGCCGGGUACCACGAGUACAAGCAGCACAAAGCAGCAGUGAGAGCUGGUGCCAGUAGCAGCAGCAGCAACAACAGCCAAAACAAUAGCGGUAGCAGCCGUCAGGAUCAGCGGUAUGGCCGCAAUGCCCAGAUGCCGGCAUCGGCGCCGCCGUAUCAGACCAGUAGCGGCACACCUCCACCUCGGCAGUACCAGCAGCAGUACCAGCAGCCUCCAGCAGCAGCAAGCUCCGCCAAUGACUCCGGAGGAGAUGUUCCGGGCCAAGCUGGAGCGGUCGCAGCGCGACUGGCAGGCGACGGUUGCAAAUUCAGCCAACGUCAAUCCGGCGAUGGUGUCAGACAUGCACCGUGUCAACAUUGGACGAGGCAACCAGCACUCGUCGUCGGAAAAGAAGCACCACGGAUUCCUUAAGCGCAUCCUGUAAGCGGUGCUCUGAGGGCCAGCACGCCCAUAGGUGCGGGGAGGCAGCGGCAUACCAGGCGCGUUUCCCGAUCCCAUG